AUGGAUUUAUUCGGUGCUACUGAUGGGCUUCUGGGGGUGUUUGGGUCGCAACAGAGCAAUUUUUCAAUGUAUCUGACCACGAUGCAGUUGGCUCUGAAAUCUCUCAUGUUUGUCUCUGGUGUUCUGUCAGGCAAUACGCCUCCUACAGACCUAUCUGUGACGCCAAUCCCAAGCUAUGUCCUCGAAUACGCACCUCUCAUCUGGCUCCAUAGUCAAGAUCCCUAUAGACCCUCCGAUAUUGCCCAGCAGCUCGUUCAUACCACGCCCAUGAUUAACUGGACGGCCGUGCAAGACCUUCCCGCGCCGGUAACGCUUAGCAACCUGGACAGUCUCAACGAGCACGGAAACACCAGCGUCUUCUUGACGUCGAAGGAAGGCAUCGAUGCUGAUCCGCAGCCGGCGUGGUUGUAUGGCGAUACUUUCGAUCAGAACAAUAACACUGGGGAUGCUGUUUCGUCAGUGGUUAUCACUCGUGAUCAUGGGAAUGGCACACUUGAUGCGUUCUACUUUUACUUUUAUGCGUACAAUGAGGGAAACACGGUUCUGGGAAUGGAGUUUGGUAACCACAUAGGAGAUUGGGAACACAACAUGAUUCGCUUCCAAAACGCAACUCCAGAGGCAAUCUGGUACAGCCAGCACGCCAGUGGACAAGCAUUCACCUACGACGCCACAGAGAAACAAGGAAAGAGGCCCCUCGGCUACUCCGGAAAUGGCACCCAUGCCACUUAUUCCACUCCCGGCAACCACGACCACACAAUCCCCGGACUCAACCUUCCCGCCGGCUUCCUAGUCGACAAAACCGACCGCGGCAUCCUCUGGGACCCCACCAAGUCCGCAUACGCAUACAGCUAUGAACCUGCCACAAAGACUUUCCAGGCAUACGACCCAAGCUUCCCGGUGAACUGGCUGUAUUAUAACGGACAAUGGGGGGAUGAUGCGCUGCCGGGGGGCCCAGAGUUGUUUGGGCAGAAGAAGUGGGCGGCAGGACCGAAUGGACCGAAGUUUAAGCAUUUGGAGAGGGAGGAGGUGUGUCCGUCGCAUCCGUGCGUUGUUUUGCCGUUUCGGUCAUGGCACGAAGGAGAGGGAGUGCCUGAUGCGAAGGGGGCGUUUGAUGAUUGA